CUAGCGCGCUUCUUACACCCCCCAGUUCCUUGUUACCAUCAGGUGACGCUGUAUUUACAAACCGUAACGGAUUUUUUUUUUUUUUUUUUUUUACAUCGAACAAAACAUUAAAAAAUUUUAAGGGGAAAAGGGGGGGAUUUUUUUUUUUAAAAAACUAUUAUUAUUAUUUUUAUUUUAAUAAUUUCGAGAUGAGCUCGAUAGAGGUGAAAAAAUUAAAAGUCACCGAGCUGCGGGCCGAACUGCAGCGGCGAGGCCUGGACACGCGCGGGCUGAAGGCCGACCUCAUCGAGCGCCUGCGGGCCGCUAUCGACGCAGGCGAGGCCGAGGAGGAAGCGCGGCCUGUGGAAGAGGGGCCUGUGGAAGAGGGAGCCGGGCCGAAAGAGGAGGGGGAGGGCGGCGGAGUGGAGGUUACGGCCCCCGCUGAGGCCAUAGAAGAGGCCGGCAAGGCUGCGAAAGCGGAAAAGGUGACACCACAGCCGCCAGAAGCACCGAAAUGUGCGGGGCUGGAGUCUUUGCCACAGCCGGUAAGGAAAGCCGAGACUCCAGCCCCAGCGGCAGGGAAGUCGGCGGCUACCUUCGACGUGCAGCCGGCAGAGAAAGAACCGCCGGCGGCGCCGAAGCCUACCCCGCUCCCCGUGACCGUAACGCAAGCGAAACCCGACCGGACUGCGGGCAGUACUGAACCGGAGACCACCAAACCGAAACCCGGGGCCGAGGAGGAGACCGUACCGAAAACCGCGCCGGCGGAACAGAGGAAGGACAACGCGGCGAAACCCGGCCAGGCCUGCCCUGCUGAACCCGAGCCGGGGGCCGCGGUGACCAAACAAGCGGCACCCCCGCCGCUGAAAAGCAGCGGCGCCGAUCAGCGGGAAGCGGUCCCGGCUGAAGAGCACGCCCAAGAGCCGCGGAAUGCCAGCCCGUCGACCGAGGCAAACGCAGCCGCUGCCGGGGUCCCCUCCAAGGAAAGCGGGCCGCUGAACGGGGAACAGGGGAAGGUCCAGGCCGGGCGCGGCGACCGUGGAAAGGACGAGGACUGCGCGGCGGAGGCGGAGGCCGAGCCCGGGAGCGAGGAGUCCGGGGGGUCGGAUAUGGAACACGACCGAGAGAAGGGCUGCGAGGCGCCGGGUCAGAGUGAGGAUGGGGAGCGCAAGGGGGUGAAGAGACCCCGAGAGGAGAGGGGACGCGGCUACUACGAGUUCAAAGAGGAGGUCAACUACAACAGGGCCAAGUCCCCGGAGCCCGAGGAAGAGGAGCUGGAUGAAGACGUGGAUGAGAAUCAGGUCUGCUUCGACAGCUAUAACUGUGACCUGCACUUCCAGGUCGGUCCAGACCGGUACAGCGGGCAGCCUGUGUUCCCCGACCGCUUUCCCUACCUGUGGUCAGGCAGCCGGGUCACCCACGGGGCGAGAGGGGGCAAGACCGGCUUCGAGGCGAAGGUAACGAAGAAGCUGCCAGCGAAGGACCUCCCUGCGGAGGACCCUGAGACUCACAUCAUGAGGGUGGGCUGGUCAGUGGACUGCUCCAGCCUGCAGCUCGGAGAGGACGAGCUCUCGUUCGGGUUCGACGGCCGGGGGAAGAAAGUGGGGUGCGGUCAGAUUGAGGAUUUCGGGGAGCCCUUCACGGAGAACGACGUCAUCGGCUGCUACGCGAGCUUCGAGCCCGACGCGGUGGAGCUCUCCUUCCAGAAGAACGGCUCUGAUCUGGGGGUGGCUUUCCGGGUGAGCAGGGCCUCCCUGGGGGACCGGGCCCUCUUCCCUCACCUGCUGUGCAAGAACUGCGCCGUGGAGCUCAACCUGGGCCAGCUGGAGGCGCCCUGGCACCCCACUCCCCCCGGCUUCAACCUGAUUCACUGCACCCCCCCACAGGAGCGCAGCCGCGCCUCUCUGCCCCCCAAAUCCAAGGAGGAAUGCCAGGUGGUGAUGAUGGUGGGGAUGCCCGGAGCUGGGAAGACUCAUUGGGCCCGCACCCACAUGGCAGAGAACCCAGACAAGCGCUACAACGUACUGGGAACCAGUAACAUCCUGGCACGCAUGAGGGGUCUCCAGCCCCAGCCUGAUCAGAAGGAGGUAUUCCUGCAGCACGCCACGCAGUGCCUCAGCCAGCUGAUCCAAAUCGCAGCACGCAAGAGAAGGAACUACAUCCUGGACCAGGCGAAUGUGUACAGCUCUGCCCAGCGGCGCAAGCUUCUCCGGUUCCGGGGCUUCUCUCGCAGGGCGGUGGUGGUGUGUCCCAGCGACGAGGAGUGGAAGAGGAGGCUGAGCAAACACCAGCGAGAGGAGGGAGAGGAGGUGGCAGAGACAUCGCUGCUCAAAGUCAAGG